CUCUCUGCUUUAUAAUGGAUGCAUGCGCUUUUCAUAUUUCGAACAGUUUUUCACCACCCAAUCAGCUGGAUCAGGUUUUUGAUAAAUCUGAGAGGAAAUAACUGCCGCGGACUUUAUCGGUGUGGAUGGACAGGUCAGGAGUGCAUAUGCGACACUGUAGGAACGCUUGGAUUUAUUUACCGGAUCCUUCUGGGAUUUUUCUGCCGAAAAAGCCCUGUUUCUUGAUCGGUUAAAAUUAAGGAAAGAAUGUAUGGAAUAAACCGGCACUGUAUUUACAUAUCAUUUCACUUUUUCGUGCUGUGGUGCCACGCUCAGGGGGAGAAUCACCCGUCUCCUAAUUUUAACCAGUAUGUGAGGACGCAGGGCGCAGUGACAGACCAGCUCAGCCGCAGACAGGUCAGAGUUUACCAGCUGUACAGCCGCGCUAGCGGGAAACACGUCCAGAUUCAGGGCAAAAGAGUCACCGCCACCGCUGAGGAUGGAAAUCUGUACGCUCGCCUGUUUGUUGAGACAGACACCUUUGGCAGUCGAGUGAGGAUAAGAGGUGCAGAAAGUGGGCGUUACCUCUGCAUGAACCGGAAUGGAAAGCUUGUUGGGAAGCCAAACGGCCGGAGCAAGGAUUGUAUCUUCACAGAGAUCGUACUUGAGAACAAUUACACAGCCUUCCAAAAUGCCAAGUAUGAGGGCUGGUAUGUGGGUUUCACCAGGAAAGGGAGGCCCAUCAAAGCCUCCAGGACAAGGGAGAACCAGAGAGAGGUCCAUUUCAUCAAGAGGCUACACACAGGAUUGCCUCCCUUCCCCAACACAGACCAAAGUAAACCCUUUGAGUUCAUCAGAUUUCUGUCCACACGUCGAGCAAAGCGGAACAGGAAAUCACCUAUCUCUUCCUAA